UUGUAGUCAUGACGACGACGGGCGCCAAACCGGCGUCGAUGCCACCGAGCAGCGAGCGGUACAUGCCAGCCGACACGAGCAAGCGGAACUCGAUAACGCAGGAGAGGGACCUGCAGCGAAAGGAACGCAGCUUCCAGGAAUGCCUCGCGUUUCUCAUGCCCGUCUACCUGCUGCCUUUCGUCAUCGGCGACAGGCCCCACGUGCUGAUGGCGUUCCUUCUGUUCGCCAUCGCCAUCUUGGGCGACGAGACGACCGUCUUCUUCCGGCUGUGCCUGUACGCCUUGCAGCGUUACGCCCUGCGGAUGCAGCCGCUCUUCCUGUACCUGCAGUUCCUGGUGUUCGCGCUCAGCCUGCUGUUGCCCAGCAACCUGAUCGUGGUCUUCAGCACCGUCUUCAUCGACCGCUUCGUCACCACCGUGCACAACGAGAUCGUGGGCAGCACGGACCAGCGCAGCAGCGUGCGCAUCCAGACGAGCUCGACGCUCAACUACUUCGACGAAGGCAGGCGUCCGCGGUGGGGUCGCCGCAGCAGCAUAACCGCCCUCGGCCGCAGGGCACGCAGCGUGUCCAUGGUAAGCGACACGACUGCCGCAAGCGAGGCUUCCGCCGGAAGUUCGGUCAUCAGGCAGUACAGGAUGCACCCGGCCUCGCCCACGUUGGAAGCGCCGGACACCUCGCCAUCGGACUGGAAAAUGCCGAAGGGCGCGCGCAAGACUUCCUUCAGCGGAUUCGACCAGUACGAAGGCGACGAGCCGUGCCACCUGCCCGUUCGGCGUAUCCGCUCGUUCAGCGUGGAGCCCAAUCAACCCUCAUCCAUUCUGAAGCGCAGCCCGGCUCCACCACCGCCGCCUUCGUCGCCGCUGGCGUCACAAGACAUGAAACCAUGGACUGUUGGCAUUACCGGAGGAAUCGAAGGGCGAAGGGACACCUUGCCCAUGGGGGAAUUCUGGAUGCAGAUGCAGGAAGCGGCUCUCUUCGCGACUCCGACCAGCUCCCGCGACUGGCACGAUGAUGCGUCGAUGCCACGCACUGUCCCGGCGUCCAUCGCCAUGUCUUCAUCCUCGUCUUCGUUCUCGACGGCCCAGUGCAGUGCAAUGGCGAGUCCCGAAAAUAAACGGGACACUAUUGCGCUGCCGGCGGAUUCGUAUGCGGCCGCCGUGUCGCAGCAGCCGACGUCCUCCACCUCGGGGACCUGGUCCUCGCCGUCCCCGGGUUUGGGCAAGAGCGCGGCGAGCAUUGCGAACCCCUCGCCGUCACGAAUGAGGGCCAAGCGUCGUCAACAGGCCGUUAGCUCCCUGUCUACGAAGACCCUAAUCCAAGCGCCGAUGCAACCAGCCGGGGAAACUCGGCAAUCCCGUGAUCAGCAAAGCCAGUCCGCAUCGUUGACGGAGAAAAAGCUUGAAUCGCAGCGUUCCCCGAAGCCGAAGCAAACGGCGACGCCUACUUCCGAGCCGAAGCCUGAGCUGAAGGCCGUCGAACCAUCUGCGACACCGAAAUGCGUCGUUGUACCCGAGAAAAAGGCCGAGGCCCAACUGGCAGUCGCUGUAGAGCAGCAGCAGCAGCAAGAUACCGAGACGAAGCAGGAAGUCCGCGGUGUCCUCAAGAAACGAAACACGUCCCUACAGCCAAGUCUUGGCAGUCGCAGGGGCAGCGUGCUUGCGAGGAAGUCGCUGUUGCCGCAAGCCUCAGUGGACAGCCUCGUCGCACCACAGACUCCACUGAUCGACUCCAAGGCGCCCGUGGACAAGGUCUCAAGUAUCUAUUACACCGGAGCCGAGCAGCAGACCUCAUCGUUGAAAGUGAGAGCUCUCACCGCCUCUGCCCGCCCGGCCUUCAUUGCUGGAGCCGCGUACACAGCCAUCUUUGGUAACCUCGUUAACUUCAACACGCUGACCACGCGAAAGACCCUACUCGCCAUCCUCGACUGCCAAGACGACGAAUGUCCGGUCAACUUUUGGAGCUGGCUGGCAGUGUCGCUGCCCGUUGCGUUGAUUUGCUGCGUCACGUCUUGGAUGACCAUUUACUGCGCCAGCCUCGUCAGCUGCGAUGACGACAUCAACGAGCAAAUACAUGACGACAUGUCCAAGAGCGCCCGCAUACGCCAUCGUGACUUGAAGAGGCACACCAUGUGGGAAGCCGUGGUGUUCUACUGGAUUGUGGGAAUUCCCGCCGCUUCCUGCGCAUACGGCAUCCGCCACCCGGAUGAGUACAUUGAAGGCCCUUUACUGGGCCUCACGUUGCUUGGACUGAGCGUUUCGCCGGCAUAUUCACUGCGUAGCUGCUGGACGCAUCGCAUGCUUUGCUGGCGCCAACUCUGCUCGCGCAUGCCGUGGAACAUCAUCCUCAUGCUUGGCUCGGUCGCGGCGCUCACCAGGACCAUCGAGGACUUCCAGCUGGUAGAGAUGGGACUGUCGAAGCUGGACGACAAUUUCUGGUCACAGCGGUCGACCAAGUCCUGCCAGUUCAUCCUGGUCAGCGUGGCUGCCAUUCUGUCCGAGAUCGUGCUUGGAGACUCGCUCGCCCGGUCGAUGGCGACCACGGUUCUUCGAGUGGCGUUAGUGACAGAGACCCCGGUGUCCUUCUACGUGGUACCGGUGAGUCUGGCCGCCUCGAUCAACGUGAUGCUGCCCGUGUCACUGCCGCUGCUCGUCAUGCGCGAGUAUCUACACACCAAGUGUGCACAGAUGGUGGCUUACGGUGUCUUCUUCAAGUGCACCGCCUUGGUCGCCAUAUUCCUGCUCAUGAACACCGUCGGCCUCUUCGUGUUCCAGAGUGACACGCUGCCAGGGAGGCGAAUGAGCCUUGCUCUCAACAACGCCUCCCAUGAUGAUAUUGAUUUUUUGUGAUAUCAUAUGCAAUUCUCAACCGCGCAAUUCUUGUUCUUCUAUUUACUUACGUAUUCUUCCUUGGGCCAGUAAUAAUAAUAAAACUCGCGUCGUUA